UAGUUUUUCACACCACUGUGUCACAGUACGUCGGAUUUCAGCCAUAACAUAGCUCCUCCGAAAGUAAUCAAAGUUACUCCGGUUUCAGCUCCGCGCCGCCUCUUGUAUUUUGCCGCCUCAGUCACAGCGCAAGCUCACCUGUUGCCGAUUUGGAUUAAUCAGAUCCGCUUAUUUAAGACGCUGCAAGACACCCACCCGCUGCCAGAUUAUUGUGCCGUUCAUGCCAAUAUUCCCGCGUUUGUUUUUGUCAUUUGCUCACAAUGUUUUUGAUCCUGUUUUGUUAUCGACCUCGUUCUUGCCUAGCGGUUUGGAAUUACUGCUCGUUUUGGAUUACCGGCUUUGACUUCCGCGUUGUGCACUGACCACAUGUCUGCCUAGCGUUUUUGGAUUUCUUGCAUGUGUGGAGCUACUGCACGUCUGGGUUACAGACAUCACUCCCAGAAUCAUCUGAAGCUCCUUCGCGCGUUCACAGAGACUGUAAGUUGCACACUAUUUUUUGCUUUCUGCUCUUGGAUCCUUCCUUUCACUUUUGCGGCUACACUCAGGACCAUGACACACUGUAUAUUUGAGACACAUUUGAGAAGAUGCAGAAAACAUCUAAAUCUAAUUCAAGUCUCAAAGAUGGCUCAUUUCUGUCUAGGAGACAAAGAAGAGAUUAACAUAAGAUCUCGACAUGAGAGGACGACAGCAUUUUAUGCAGCAUUUUAAAACUUAUUUUUUCAGUAUAUACCUAAUAAUUAUCUUGUAUGUUUUGCUUAAAUAGUGGGGGUGCAGGAGGUUAUUUUUUAUCUGGACAAUGUCAUUAAAAUCAUGUCUUUUUUUUUCUUCUUUUUUCCUGUCAGAGACUAUCAUCGUUUACCAAAAAAAAUUUUAAUGUGAGAAGUACAAAGAACGCAUUAUCUGCUCCGAACACAUCUCAUGAAGAAAUGGAGGAGCAAAAUUACAAGUGCUUAGGUCAUGGGAAGAUAUUAAGUUACCAAAAUAAUCUGAAAAAAGACCAGCAUGUUCACACUGGAGAGAAGACAUAUCACUGCUCACAGUGUGGGAAGUGUUUUACUACUGCACGUAACCUACGACAACACCAGCGCAUUCACACUCGAGAGAAGCAGUAUUCCUGCUCACAGUGUGGGAGGAGUUUUGCUACUUGUAAUCAUCUUCGGAGACACCAGCGCAUUCACACUGGAGAGAAGCCAUAUCACUGCUCACAGUGUGGGAAGAGCUUUAAAACUGCUAGUGAGGUACGAAGUCACCAACGCAUUCACACUGGAGAGAAGCCAUAUCACUGCUCACACUGUGGGAAGAGCUUUAAAACUGCUAGUGAGGUACGAAUACACCAGCGCAUUCACACAGGAGAGAAGCCAUAUCCCUGCUCACAGUGCGGGCAAAGUUUUGCUACUUGUUAUCAUCUUAGGAGACACCAGCGCAUUCACACUAGAGAGAAGCCAUAUCCCUGCUCACAUUGUGGAAAGAGCUUUAAAACUGCUGGUGAGGUACGAAUACACCAGCGCAUACAUACAGGGGAGAAGCCAUAUCCCUGCUCACAGUGCGAGAAGAGCUUCAAAAGUGCUAGUGAAGUACGAACACACCAGCGCAUACACACAGGAGAGAAGCCGUAUCCAUGUUUACAGUGCGGAAAGAGUUUUGCUGCUUCUAAUCAUCUUCGGACACACCAGCGCAUUCACACUGGAGAGAAGCCCUAUUUCUGUUCACAGUGUGGGAAUAGCUUUACAUCUGCUGGUAGCCUCAGAACACACCAGCGCAUUCACACAGGAGAAAAACCGUAUCCAUGUUUAGAAUGCGGGAAGGGUUUUGCUAGGUCUAGUACUCUUCGGCAACACCAGCGCAUUCACACAGGAGAGAAGCCCUAUUUCUGUUCACAGUGUGGGAAGAGUUUUACCUCUGCUGGUGAAGUACGAACACACCAGCUCAUUCACACUGGAGAAAAGCCGUAUCACUGCUCACAGUGUGGGAAGUGUUUUACUUGUGCUGGUAACCUCCAAACACACCAGCGCAUUCAUACAGGAGAGAAGCCGUAUCCAUGUUUACAAUGUGGGAAGAGUUUUGUUAAUUCUAGUAAUCUUCGGACGCACCAACGCAUUCACACUGGAGAGAAGCCGUAUUCAUGUAUACAAUGCAGCAAAAGUUUUGCUUGUUCGAGUAAUCUUCGGAGACACCAGAGCGUUCACAAAGGUUAGAAGCCGUAUCCAUGUUUACAGUGCGGGAAGAGUUUUGCUUCUUCUAAGUGUCUUCGAAGACACAAGUGCAUUCACACAGAAGAGACGUCAUAACACCAUUACAAAGUGGUUAUGUAUUGCUGUCAUGUUACGUGCGGCUGUAGUGCACGUAUGUGCGCGUGCGUGCGUGGCUGCUGGUGCUGCUCUCUCUCUCCCUGCCUUUCUCUCUCUCUCGCUCUCCCUGCUGCAGGAGGUCCCGCCCUGAUUGAGCGUGCUGUGACGUGCGACGGGAUUGGCUGGCCGUUAAGAAACCCGUCUUUUUAAGCUGGCCAGUGAAACCCGGAAGCGCGCAUUGUUGGGAGUUGGAGAUGUGUGUUGUGUUGACUGUUGUAUGCAAACUGUUGAGUCGCGCCGGUAUUGUUGUGAGUUGUAAAGUGUUGGUUUUCUUUUGUUUCUAUCUUUGUUUUGUUUUUGUUGUAAAUAUUGUAAAUAGUUUUCUGUUUGGUUGUAUAUACUUUUUUUGUUGGAAGCAGUAGGGGUUGGGUGCCAUUUCCUUUAAAACCCAUUUUCUCCUGUUUUUUGUGUUAGUUAGGAAGUUAGGUUAGUUUAUGUAUUUUGUUUAUAGUUUUUUUUUGUGGUAGGUUAGUUAGCUUGCGGGAGGAGAUAGGGGGAGGUUUUUGUUUAUUGUUUUGGCCUUGGCCCAACCCUAAAGCCAAGAGCUUCCUGUGUGUGUGUGUCUGUGUGUGUGGUGUGUAAAAUAAAAGACCACACACCCUCUCUAUCCUGUUGUGAAGGAUUUCUUUUUUUUAUUUAUUUUCUUCUUUUGUUGCGGCCCUGAACCCUAGACAAAGGGGUCGUAACAGUCAUGUCUAAAUACACUGGUUAGACAAAAAAUAUAUAAAAUCAACAUUAGAAAGUUUUAGAAGAACAUCAUCAAUUUAUUGGACUUCAUUAAGCAUGGAAUAAUCGAAGAGGUUUAAAAUUCCUUCAACUGGACUAAGUAAUCUUCAAAUUAUCAUAUCUUGGAAGGGGGUACUGUACCG